CAUGGCUUUCACAUUCGGAGAGGAGGGGAUGACUGUCUACCCCCCCCCCCCACCGGCGUUCCGGCCCUUGCUGCAGCUGCCGAGUGCUCACGAGGUGACCCGUCCUCUCGCCAUGGGUCCGCUUAUGUCCCGCGCCGGCUGCUGUCUUCUGCCCCACCCCCCACCUCCCCACCCCACCCCCAGGGCAAACCAGCUCACCCGAUGCGACGGGCCUGUUGAACCUCCGUCCUGUGGAGGUGGUGGGGGGGGUGGGGGUGAAAAUAGCAUUCGGGCUGGUACCUGUCAUAUCCUCCGGAUGCCCCCCCCCCAACUCAGUGAUUCUCGGCUCCUCGAUUUAAUGAUGUCCCGGGUCAGCGGGCAGCGCUCGGACAUUCAGCUGCCGCAAACGGCACAGGGAUGAGAUGUGGUAUUAGUCCGUUUACUGUGUGAAGGGUGAAGGUGGAAGCUGCAUUGUUGUCGGCUCGCUGCCUGAGGGAGCGCCUGCUGCUCCGGCCACCGUCUGCACCGGGUUCCCUUUCGGCGGCUGGCGCCUCACGGUUCAGGAUCACGCCAAGCCGUUUCGCCCUGGCGGUGCGGCUCGCCGAGCGAGCGAAGCAUUUAAACCGAUCCCGAGGCAGCAGGCAUCGCCCGGGAGCGAGGGAGGUCUCGCUUCCGUUCCCCAGGCCUGACCGGAGACGGCCGGACUGAAACGCCACCGGGGUCCGUGGUGAUCGGCACGAGCCCCGUCAGCUCGAGCCCGUUUGGGAGCGGCGGGGUGGUGGGGGGGGUGCUGGAGUCCAUGAAAUACCGCGGAGCUGGCUCUGCGCGUUCCUGCUGCAUCAUCUGCCCUCGAGCGUAUCCCCCUUACCGCAGCGCCGAGGGAGUGCUGCGCUGUCAGAGAAGCCUUGCUGAGCGUUGAAAGCGAGUCUCUCCCCUGGCUGGAUGUUAAUGAGCCCUGUGGCUCUCUCUCUCUCUCUCUCUCUGUGUCUGUGUGUGUGUCCCGCUCCAGGUGACGCAGGAUGGAGGAGGUGCCACACUGUGGUGGGGACACCGUGGCGCACGAUCAAGUCAGCCUGCAGCCUCAGACGAUACAGCUUUCCCAGCUCCAGCAGGUGUCGAUGGGCAGUUCGACUCCGGUGACUGUCCUGCAGCUGCCCGGGGGGCAGCCCGUUCAGGUUCAAGGGGUCAUCCAGACGGCCCAAUCAUCAGUCAUUCAGGCCCCACAGAUUCAGUCCGUCCAGGUAUCCGCCCUGUCCGAGAGCGAUGAUUCCCAGGAGUCGUCUGACAGCGUGUCGUCGUCACAGAAAUCCCGAGAGAUACUGUCCAGGCGGCCGUCUUACAGGAAAAUACUCAAUGAGCUCUCAUCGGGUGACUCGGCGACCACGAAGACGGAGGGGAAAGGAGAUGAGGAGGUGGGCGGGGCUACCCUCACCACCAUGACCAUGCCAACGCCCAUCUACCAGACCAGCACGGGACAGUACAUUGCCAUUGCCCCCGGCGGGACGAUACAGCUUGCUAGCCCCGGCUCCGAGGGCGUCCAGGGACUCCAGACGCUCACCAUGACCAACGCGGGGGGUGCCCAACAGGGAACCACCAUCUUACAGUACGCACAGACCUCCGACGGACAGCAGAUACUUGUCCCCAGCAACCAGGUGGUCGUGCAGACGGCCUCAGGCGAUGUACAGACUUAUCAGAUCCGCACCGCACCCACCACCAACUCCCUCCCAGCGACCAUGAUGAUGACAUCACCAGUCACCCUCCAGCCCCAGGCCACCAAGACACAAGACGCCACCCUCAAACGGGAGAUCAGGCUCAUGAAGAACAGCAGCGCGGGAGUGUCGGCGGAAGAAGAAGGAAUAUGUCAAGUGCCUGGAGAACCGAGUGGCUGUGUUGGAAAAUCAGAACAAGACGCUGAUCGAGGAGCUGAAGGCGCUAAAGGACCUUUACUGUCACAAAACUGUCUGAACCUCCCCCAGCUCCUGUCAGAGACUCUUUGGAAGAUGAGUCCUGUGGACUAUUAGACUUGAGG